CCCCUGGCGGGGAGCGGGGGCAGCGGCGGGUCCCCGGCCUGCCCCGCUCUGCUCUCCUUCCCUCGCUCUCCGCCCUCCUUCCCUCUCUCGCCCCCCUCCUCGUCACUCUCCCCGCCAUUCUUCCCUCCCUUACUCCCUUCUUCUUCUGCUUCGUCCUUUCCUCCCUCCCUUUUCCCCUCCCUCCCCCCCUUCUUUCCUCCUUCCCUCCCUCUCCCCUCCUUCCCCGUCUCCUCUCCGUCCCCCUCGUUCCGUCCCUCCCCGUUCCCGCCCCUCUCUCAGUCUCUCUCCCUCCCUCCCGUCCUUGAGCGCGGGGUCACAGCGGCUGCCCCAUCCUCUGCUCUUCCUCCGUGCCCUCCUCCUGCUCCCCGCCGCCGUUACCGGCCUGCUCGGCCCGGGGCUCCAGUUCCAGGUUUCCAGCCUUACCUGGCACCAGCGAAGGAGUUUGGCCCCUGCUGGGAUACAAGAGUCGGCCUAAAUUAAUGUAUAACCUGAACACUGCUGGGAAGUACCAAAAACGUGCUGUGAUGACAUCCUUUGGGAGUGUUCCAGGCUGUUUAUAAUGUAGCUGCACCUGAAGAAAUCCCCAGUGUGUCUGUGCCAUGCUGACCAACACCAUGGGGCACCGUUUCCUGGCACAGGGAGCCGUGAUCCCAAGGAAGCUGAAGCCGUUUCUCUGCAGGAUGUUGUCGGGUUACAAACCCAAAGGCGACGUCAAGGACUCUUACAAAAUCCUGGAGCUUGAGGAAGGAUGUUCCCUCGACGAGGUGAGGAACUCGUACCGAACCCUCGCCAAAAAGUACCACCCCGACAGCAGCUCCAGCGCGGCCGACCCCGCCGCCUUCAUCAGGGUGGAGGAGGCCUACAGGGUCGUGCUCAACGACGUGGCAGCCAAGCAGAAACCCGGCGAGGACAGCGAAGAGGAGGAAGACCAGUUCAAAUGCAAGUCCCUGCAGCACAGGCACUACUUGAGUUUUGAAGGCGUCGGCAUCGGGACGCCGAGCCAGAGGGAGAAGCAGUACAUGCAGUUCCGAGUGGACCGCGCCACGGAGCAGGUGCUGGAGUACCGGCAGCACAGGCUCGGGAGCAGCUACGCUGAGACUGACCUGAUGAGAGCCAGAGAUGUGAGGGAGAGCAAGAAGGUGAAAAUAACUCAAGCGGUGGAACGGUUGGUGGAGGACCUCAUCCAGGAAUCCAUGGCCAAAGGAGACUUCGACAACCUCAGGGGCAAAGGAAAACCUCUGCAGAAAUUCUCGGACUGUCCCCACAUCGACCCCAUGACCCACAACCUCAACAGGAUCCUGAUCGACAACGGGUACCAGCCCGAGUGGAUCCUGCUGCAGAAGGAGAUCCGGGAGACCAUCGAGCGGCUGAGGAAGAGCGUGGUGGCCUCGAGGAGGAAGCUGGGAGAGCCCAUGACGCCGCUGGAGCAGAAGCAGUGGAGUCGGGUCUGCGAGCAGUUCGUGGAAGACAUCAGGAAACUAAACAAGAGAGUCGACAACUUCAACCUGGUCGUUCCCAUUCUGAGCAGGCAGAUGGUGCAUUUCAGCCCAGAGAAGGAAAUUGUUCGAGCACAAAACACUUACGAGGCUCUGGUGGAAAAGGCUUCUCAUCCAGACACGAAGGAGAGCCAAGGGGAAGAUGGUAAAAGGUUUGGGUGGAAGUCUUCUCUGUUUAAGUGGUUAAACUUUACACUGAAAUAAUUUAAUACUAAUUCCUGUCUCUUGUGAAGAUUUUGAAUGCACUUUAUUAAUGAAAUGUUGCACUAUAGAAAUUUCGGGUACACUGAAAAUAUCAAAUCCACACUGUCACAGCAGUUAAAAGAAAUUUGGUUGUCGGAUGGGCAUUUGCAUUACAAAUAAUGAAUUUAUUUUUAAAUACUAUUAAAGGAAAUGUGCCAGUUU